AUGCUAGCCAUGGACAACCAAGACGUAUACCACCCUGUGACGGGCGAGCUUCUUCCGAAAGGGGCAUACCUCGCUGUGCAAGUCAACUGUAUGCGAUACAAGGACGGCGAUGGCGUCGUACGUGAGAUUCACAUGCCCAACGGAACACAAGAGGCGGCGAACAAGUACCUCGAAGAUGGAAAUUGGGCAGAGCUAGCCAAGUUCGACGAGUAUAAUGGACAAGAGUAUAAGCCAGAAGACUAUGAGAUUUGCUACACGCGGCCACUGGACGACGACGGCAAUCCGAUCGAGGAAACUGAGAAGGAGAAAGAGAAGGCUAGUACACCAGAUGAAGAGUAG